AUGUCAUGUAAGCCGUUGCUGGAUGAAAAGAAGAGCUCAGCCGUGGUUUCGGAGACUGCAAAAGCAGAUUCCAAUACAAAUCCUUUAGAGGAUCUCAUAGUGCCGUUCGAUAUCGGCUUACAGCUGAGUGAAUCUGAACUGAAGGCUAAACGAAACCUCAAAUUACCGUAUAUGGCUGCACAGACUCAAGAGGGUUACUUUUGCAAUUGUUCAUAUUUACGUUUCCAAUUGGUUUUGUGA